AAAAAAAAAAAUACAAAAAUACCCAAUUUCUACCCUAACCCUAAUUUUUGAUAUCACACAACAUUGCGCCGUUAACAUCUCACAUCUCUCUCUCUUCUCUCCGUUUGCCUCCUCCAUAGAUUUCGCCGCCAUCGUCGCCGUCUCACCAUCUCUCCGUCGCCUCUGUCCGUCUUUGUCGUAUGUGUCUCCCUCCACCUUCGUCUGUCUGUUCAUCUCCUUUCCGUCUCGCCGUCUCUGUCUCCCUCCGUCUCCUUCUCGUCUCGCCAUCUGUAUCUCAAGCCCGUCAUUAACCUCGUCUCGGGCGCAGAGACUCCUUUCGUCUCUGUCUCUAUCUGUUCGGUGUUUCCCUCUUUCGCCGCCUUCGACUCCCUCCGUCUCUGUUCCACUUUGCCUUGUCUGGCCUCGUCUCCUUUCGUUUGUGUUGUUGAUGUUCGAAUCCAUCUCUCUGUUCGAAUCGCCGAAUCUCGAUCUUAGUCUUGUUGUUGAUGCUCGGGUAUGAUUCUGCACAGAUUUUUUUAAGUGAAUCACGGGUUCCGGUCUCGCGAGUACCCGAUCUCGUAUGAAGGCUCGAUUGUUGUUCAAGUCCAUGAAAUUGACAUGUUUGAGAAAAGGAGACGGCUUUCAGUGUCCACCAUGUCAUAUGCUGAAUCUAUAUGGUUUCAGUAUAUUGAUUGAUUGCCCUUUAGACCUUUCAGCGAUCACAAUCUUCUCUCCUAUUCCGCAUGAUGCCUGUUCUCAUGCUGCUGAUGAAGUUUCUGAAUGUCCUAAUAUGUCGUUGGAGGCCGAAAAUUCGGCUCAAAAGAGGCAGAGAGCCAUCGAUAAACAGCCAAGUCAUAGCGAUUUAGUGUGUGCAGAGCCGUGGUACAAAACCGUUAACGCAUUGCAUUUGUUGGAUGUUUCUUUCAUUGACAUUGUUCUGAUCUCCAGUCCAAUGGGAAUGCUAGGAUUGCCAUUCCUCACGCAGAACCCCGGGUUUUCAGCCAAGAUAUAUGUGACUGAAGCAACAGCGAAAAUUGGCCAGCUUAUGAUGGAAGAUCUUGUCUUGAUGCACAUGGAAUUCAGACAGUUCUAUGGACCUCAGGACUGUAGUUUUCCUUGGUGGAUAACGCAGUUAGAGCAUGAAGAGGCACCGCCUUUACUUAAUAAUAUAGCUUUCGGAGAGGAUGGCAAUGACCUGGGUUGUUGGAUGCCUUUGUAUAGUUUUGAUGACAUAAAGGAUUGCGUAAAGAAGAUUCAAACAGUCAAGUUUGCUGAAGAAGCAUGUUACAACGGGACAUUGAUCAUUAAGGCACUUAGUUCCGGUCUAGAUAUCGGUACCUCCAAUUGGUUGAUCAAUGAACCUAAAGGAAGUAUAAGUUAUGUAUCAGGGUCCAUAUUUCUUUCACAGCAUACAAUGGAUUUUGACUAUCAUGGGCUGAAAGGGAGUGAUGUGAUACUCUAUUCGGAUUUCUCCUGCCUAGAUUCCACCGACGGGAAUGAUAAUUGUUCUGUUGACCCAACCAGUAAUGGUGUAUCAGCUCUCAGUGAUGAGAACAAGGACGAUUUAGCUGAUUCAUUGUCAAACCAUGAAGAGAAUUUAGAGGAGAUGGAGAAACUAGCUUUCAUAAGCUCGUGUGCUGCAGAUUCUGCUAAUGCUGGUGGUUCAACUUUAAUAACAAUUAGUCGAAUUGGGACUGUGUUGCAGCUUCUCGAGCUGAUAGCAAAUUCUCUUGGAUCAUUUUCUCAAAAGGUUCCAAUCUAUGUAAUAUCUUCUGUGGCGGAAGAGCUGUUGGCUUACAUGAACACUGUACCAGAAUGGCUGUGCCAACAACGACAGGAUAAUUUUAUUUCAGGAGAACCAUUGUUUGGUCAUACGAAGUUCAUAAAAGACAGGAAGAUCCUGUUGUUUCCUGCCAUUUACUCGCCCGACUUAAUAAUGAGCUGGCAGGAACCGUGCAUUAUAUUUGCUCCUCAUUGGAGUUUGCGGCUUGGUCCUUCUGUACAAAUCCUCCGGCGUUGGUGUGGAGAUCCAAAAGCAUUGCUUGUCCUUGAGGAUGGGAUAGCUGCUAGUUUAGCGCUCCUGCCUUUCAGACCGAUGGCGAUGAAAGUUCUCCAAUGCUCAUUUCUUUCUGGAAUAAAGCUGCAGAAACUCCCAACACUCCUGAAAAUUUUGCAGCCGAAGAUAGUUUUGCUCUCAGAUACCAUCAGCCAGAGAAUCAGCCUUCCGGAGGCGAAGCCUUACGCAGUCCUGGAUUACUCUGAGAACAAGACUUUACAUUUGCCAAAAAACACCGACAAUGGAGAAGAAGUGGAGAUGACCAUGGACUUGGCCUCGAACCUGAAAUGGAAAAAAACGAAAGGUGAAGAAAACCUCAACAUUGCAAGAUUGGAAGGGGAGGUAGUUAUGGACAACGGGAAACACAGAUUACUCGUGGGGUCGGAGCGCGAUCCUUCCACGCAGGCUCGGCCCACAAAACACUGGGGUUCGAUAGAUCCAGAAAUGCUACUGGAAUCGCUGACGAAAAUGGGGAUCGAUGGAUCGAUAGAACGCGAAAUGGGCGAAAAUGGAUCAGAAGGUAAGGGCAGAGUGAUAUCCAUUACAAGUCCUGAGAAUGCGGUGGUGGAAGUUGCAGAGACGGGAGGAGGAACUGUAGUAACCACAGACGACGAGGACUUGGCGUCAAGAAUUUUGAUUGCCAUUGAUGGGGUUUUGGAUGGUAUUUAGAGGAUCGCUUUUAACUCGUGGAAAUAAAAAUCUUUGGUUUGGUAACUAAAUUCGGCUCCAUUUUCGUACAUUAUUUUUUUUUCUCAUCAACGAGGAUAUUUUUUUGUCCACGGAUAUCUAAA